UGGGAUAAUUUCGAUACACGGACAAGUUUUGUACGCAAAGCUAAGUGAAAAUGGAAGACAAAGCGAAUACGGGAAGCGCGGCUGUUGAUGCUGCUGAGAAUACUCCAGCUUCUCCUAAGAAGACCGCCAAAAGUAAGGCUAAGACGGCACAGGCAAAGAAAACAUCACGACCAGCAACUUCCGAGAUGGUGACAGCAGCCAUUAAGGAAUUAAAAGAUCGCAAAGGAUCGUCUCUUUAUGCCAUCAAGAAGUACAUCGUGGCGACGUAUAAGGUAGAUGCUGAUAAGGUUGCGCCGUUCAUAAGAAGAUACUUGAAGACCGCUGUUGAGUCUGGCACCGUCGUGCAAACCAAAGGCAAAGGUGCUUCCGGAUCUUUCAAACUCUCGGUGGAUAAAUCGAAGUCGAAACCUAAGGUAAAAGUGCUUCGUGCUCCCAAACCUGAGACUAAGAAAAGUCCGUUGGAAAAGAAGACUGCGCGAAAACCAGCUGUCGCGAAGAAACCUGCUGCUGUUAAGAAAGCCGCCGAGAGUCCUAAGAAACCCGCAGCAAAGAAAACUGCUGCCAAGUCUGUCGGUGAAAAGCGCAAAGCUGCUGCUGCUGCUAAAUCUGCUCCAGAACCUAAAAAAUCUCCAUCAAAAGCAAAGAAAACCGGAACUGCACCCGCAGCGAAGACCAAGAAACCAAAAAUUAAAGCAGCGAAAUCUGUGAAAACCGCUUCAAAGAAAUAAUUACAACGAGGGAAUCUUCGUGUGCAUUUUACAAAUGGCUCUUUUCAGGGCCACAAAUCUUUCUCAAUGAGGAACAAUAUCCGAAGUCGCAAUUAUUUAAUUACAUAAUUCCUAUUUACAUUCCAUUUAUUUUAUUCCUAUUUCCCAACAAAAUCAUAUCUAAUUCCAGCACACAAUAUUAUGACAAUAAGUCCUACACUUAAUGGUAAAC